UAAUGAAUAAAACUCCAUUGUUGAUAGAAAUGGAUUAAAUAAAAGAAGAAGAAAGUCAUAAAGUAAGUGGAGUCAGACAAUCAAAAUUUUCUAUAGUAAGUAGAUUAUCAGUUCAGGAUUUGUAAAGUGCAUGGUAUUAUAUAUAAGAAACAUGGAAAAGUGGUAUGUCUUAAGCAGCUCUAAAUAUGCCAUUUGUUUUAGCACUAGGAGCUAAUUCAGGAGUUUCAGCUGCAAUGGGACUUACAACUGCUUUUAUAGCUGCAUUUGUUAAUGGGUUUUUUAGUGGAAGCAAUCAUUCAAUUUAUAUGCCAUCUUGGACAAUCACAGGUUGGAAUUAUGUUCUAACUCAAUAAUAUGGAAUUUAGAUAUUGCCAUUAGCCACUUUAGUAUCUGGAUUGAUGAUUUAUUUAAUUAGUUUGUUUAAGUGGCAUUAAUUAUCAGAUUACAUUCCUUAAUACGUUAUAGAAGGAUUUUACUUAGGUAGUGGAUUCCUUUUUUUAAUAUUGUAUAGUGAUUAUAUCUUUGGUAUAACAGAUAAUCAUACAAAUGUAGGUUAGAAGUUAUAUUCAAAUUUAAUAGAGAUGUACAUUUCAUAUUAUGAAAGAGGUGAUCUUUAUAAUGUAAUUUACACAUUUUUAAUAUUUAUGUUCUUAUAAUUUGGAUAUAAAUUUCAUAGACCUUUUCCUUGGGUUUUAUUAACAACAUCAUUUGGUUUAUUGAUUGGAAAUUUAUAUCCAACAGAGUAAUGUUUGAGAUAUGUUUAUGGAAAUACUAGACUAUAAUUUAAUUUUAUAUAAAUCAAUGAACUUAAUUUGGGUUUUGAGUCAAUUUUGGAAAUAAUUCAAUUAUGUAUACCAAUAGCAAUUUGUGUAACCAUUCAAAAUUUAUUAUGUGCAAGAGGUGCUUAAUCAUUAACUGAAGUUAAGUGUGAUUAUGAUUAAGAAACAUUUUGUGUAUCAUUUGCUAAUGUUAUUAGCGGUUUAGUUGGUGGUAUACCAUGUUGUGCAUCCAGUAGAAUGUACACUCUUAAUAUCAGAUUAAGAGAUAUCAAUAAAUGGUCAUCAAUAAUAAAUGCUUGUUCAAUUUUCAUAUUUUAUGGAAUUGCUUCUUAAUUUUUUAUGAAUAUACCAUUAUAUGUUAUUGCAGGUUAAAUUUUAUUAGUUGUAUAUUAAUUUCCACCUUGGAAUUAUUUAAUUAAAUUGUAUUAAACAAAAAGAAGAUUAACAUUGUUUAAAUGUAUAUUAAUAUCUUGGAUAUGUUAUAAUUAUGGAGUUAUGUAUAGUACAAUUAUAGGUUGUUUACAUUCUUUAUUUUUAUUUGCUUAAAAAAUGAGUGGAGCUGCAUCUGAAAUUAUUGUAAAUACAGAUCAUGAUCCUCGUAGAUCAUCUUAUAUUGAAAAAGAAUAACAUUUCGAAGAUGAUCUACCAAAAGUUGAUGGAUCAUAUACUUUAUAUCGAUUUAGUGGUUCAAUCAAUUAUAUAAAUAUUAAUGUAUAAUUUUAUUAUUAUUAUUUUUAGAAUCAUAUUAAUUAAAUUAAAUAGCUUGCCUUUACAGAUUACAUCAUAUUUAGUUUUAGAUAUGUCAGUGUAUUUGAUGAAUAGGCUAUAGAUAAAUUAGCUAUUAUGAUUGAAAAUCUUAUGAGUAUAUAAUUUAUAUCUUUUCUUAGAAUCAUAACAUGAAAUAUACUUAACUGGACUCCAUAAAACUAUGAUUGAAGAAAUGGAAUAUAAUUCUUUUUUCAAAGAAUUCUUUAUAUUAUGUCAUGAUAAAGUUAAGACUUUGGGUUAAUGA